AUGUCUUUACUACAGAGUCUUCACUACGAGAUCACUGCCCCCGCAUCAUCUUUGUCGCACCCGGCAAUCCCUUCCCCGCUCCAUUCCAUCCCCCCAACACCUGCAGAGAACCUACAAGACCCUCUUAAUGGCUGCAUUGAGCGAAACCUUACGCCCGUUGCAGGCCGAACGGUAUUUCAACGCGCACCAUCGGUUCAAAUCACCCAGUCCCGUCGGUUAGCGAUCACUGUGCUUCUUCUGCUAGCGAAUCUCGUGCAGAUGACCGUUAACUUUGCCGGAUAUGCCGGUGGAAACCGGCUUAGCGAUGCCUUGGGGGCCAAGGAAACAUAUGCCUCCUGGAUUGGUGCCAGCUAUGGAAUGACACAAGGAACAUUCGUCCUUGUAAGCGGUCGGCUUGGCGAUGUCUUCGGACAUCGAGAACUCGUACUGGCAGGCGGGGCGUGGCUUUCCCUAUGCACCUUGAUCAGCGCUUUUUGCAACAGCUUCUACGCAUUUGUCACCAUGCGAGCCCUCGCAGGCCUGGGUGGUGCUUUGGUCAUGCCUAAUGUCGUGGCUAUGAUUGCCAGCACAAACCCCCCAGGUCGCGUCCGAAAUCUCAGCUUGGGCUUUUUCGCUGCAUCUGCGCCCACGGGAGGCUACUUUGGCGCACUUUUCUUGGGCGCCUUUAUGGAGAAGGCGGAAUGGAAAUGGUUUUUCGUAUUCAUAGCCGGUCUCGGCGUUGCCACUUUUGUCCCUCUCUGGGCGCUCAGUUCGCGAGAGCUUCUCCUUGACACGCAUGGGAAAAUCGACUGGAUCGGGUCGGCUCUUGGAACGAGCUCUCUGAUUUUGUUCAAUUUUGUCUGGAAUCAAGCUCCAAGCGUGGGAUGGGCCACAUCGUACGAAAUCGCCCUUCUAAUCACGUCGCUCAUUCUAUUUGGAGCCUUUCUUCUCUGGGAAAAGAGUGGCACCGAUCAUCCAAUCAUGCCGCUUGAGAUCUUCAAAGCACCCUCACUCCUCACACUGCUUCUAGUCGUUCUCUUCAACUACAUGGCCGUGGGGACUCUGAUCUGGUACCAGAUCCUCUGGCUGGAAGAAGUGUGGCACUGGUCUCCGCUUCACUUCGCGGUCGGAUGGACUCCCUUCGUGAUCUGCGCCACCGGGGCAGCCUGUCUAGCCGCAUGGCUCAUCCCUCGACUAGACGCGCAAUGGAUCCUUGCCAUCGGAACGGUCACCAUACUAAUAUCCAACGCAUUAAUGGCUACCGUCCCUCUUCACCAAACUUACUGGGCACAGAUCUUCCCAUCUAUUGUUCUUUUCUCCUUCUGUCCGGAUUUUGUGUACACCGCCGCACAGAUCAUCGCCAGCAACUCCGUCCGUCGACACCAGCAAGGCAUUGCCGGUUCCAUGAUCGGCACGCUGAAUCUCUACGGUAACAGUCUCGGACUGGGCUUCGCCUCCACAAUCGAGGAUCAGAUCGCCCAGCGCUCUGGGGAUCGCAUCACAGGGUAUCGCGCUGCGCUGUACUUUGGUGUUGCGAUUAGUGCGGUGGCUCUCGUGCUGGAUAUCUGCUUUGUUAGGAUGGUCAAAGAUGACCGCGAGGGAUGGCACGAGGAUGAUCGUGACAUCUCUAAUUCGGAUGCGCUCGAGAUGACCGGCCAUGCCGCUGCUACUGGAGCCGAGUGGCCGGCUCCGGUUGAACGGCCUUAGUUUCUGUCACGAUGACGUGGAGGAGAGGAGCAAUGAUCAAGAAGGUUGGUGGUUGGUAGAGAGUUGGUUCUAGCCAGAGUCACAUGAUAGAACGACUGCAGGGCUGCUUGUUGGCUACAACACCGCCCCCUAGAUCUGCAGCCGAAACAGGAAGAAGUGAAGCCAAAUCUAUGAUAGAAGAAAACUUAUCGCCAGGAAAAGUAGGUGAAUAUCAAG